AUGUUCUGUGUUUUUCUCUGCCUCUUCUUGUUGGCCUUUUCUGAAGAACCUGCGGAGAACUCAAGUGAUGUGAUCAUUGGUAUAGACUUGGGCACAACAUUUUCUGCAGUUGGGGUGUAUAGAGACAACGGUGUAGAAAUAAUUGCGAAUGACCAAGGCAAUAGAAUCACGCCGUCUGUAGUUGCUUUCACGGACAGUGAUAUUUUGGUUGGUGAGGCUGCGAGGAAUCAAAUAACUGAGAACCCUCGAAACACUGUUUUUGAGAUCAAACGGCUGAUUGGCAGAACUUUUGACGACAAAGAAGUCCAACGCGACAUCAAAAUCUUUCCGUUCACAAUAGUUGACCAAGAGAAUAAACCGUACAUCCAAGUGACUUACAAGAACGAGGAAAAACUCUUUUCUCCCGAAGAAAUCAGUUCGAUGAUCUUACACAAAAUGGCAAAGAUAGCUGCUCAGUAUUUAGGGUUUAAUGUGACAAAGGCAGUCAUCACAGUUCCGGCGUAUUUCAAUGACGCGCAGAGACAAGCGACAAAGGACGCGGGGACGAUUGCGGGGUUGAACGUGAUGAGGAUAGUGAAUGAACCCACUGCUGCUUCGAUGGCUUUUGGGUUAAACAGUUUCAAAGGGGAGAAGCAAGUCUUAGUGUUUGAUCUUGGAGGGGGAACCUUUGAUGUCUCACUUCUUAAUAUAGAAAGUAAUGUGUUUGAAGUUAUCGCGACGUCUGGAGAUACGCACCUUGGUGGGUCUGACUUUGAUCAACGGAUAUCGCAGUAUUUAGUUGAGAUAUGUAAGAGGAAGUAUAAAGCGGAUCCGACCACAAGUGCGCGUGCAAUGAGUCGCUUGAAGAAAGAGAGUGAAAAAGCGAAAAUAGCGUUAUCUAUGGAGGAACAAGUGAAGAUAGAAAUUGAGCAAUUAGUCCAAAAUGUCGAUUUCAGUUUUGUGUUGACCCGUGCACGGUUUAAUGAACUUAAUAUGGAUUUGUUUAAGAAGACUAUGGGACCUGUUCGAAUGGUACUUGAUGAUGCUAAAGUGAAGAAGGAUGAUAUCGACGAAAUAGUGUUAGUAGGUGGGUCAACACGGAUACCCAAAGUUAGAGACUUGUUGAAGGAAUUCUUUAAUGGGAAAGAACCAAAUACGGAAGUGAACCCGGAUGAGGCUGUUGCGCAUGGAGCAGCGAUUCAAGGAGCUGUAUUGGGAGAAAGUUCUGGGACGAGUGAUGUAGUAUUGGUAGAUGCAACCCCUUUGACGCUUGGGAUUAUGACUGCUGGAGGUGUUAUGGCGCCAGUGAUACCCCGAGGGACACAUGUUCCAACGAAGAAGUCACAGAUGUUUACUACACAUGUUGAUAAUCAACAACAAGUUGAGAUCCAAGUGUUUGAAGGAGAAAGAAGUUUAACAAAGGACAAUCAUUUGUUAGGAGAUUUCAUGUUAACGGGACUCAAGAAAGCGCCACGAGGGAUCCCGAAAAUCGAAGUGACGUUCCAAGUUGAUGUUGAUGGGAUUUUGAGAGUGUCUGCGACAGAUAAGAAAAGUGGCAAAAAAGAGGAGAUCACAAUCACUUCAGAAAAGGGAAGACUUAGCCAAGACCAAAUUGAUAAAAUGGUCAAAGAAGCUAAGAUGAGAGAAGGAGAAGACAAAAAAGAAAAGAGUAACAUCGACGCACGUAAUGAAUUGGAAAAUUUUGCAUAUCGAAUGCGAGACGAAGUCACUGACAAGGACAAAUUGGCAGAGAAACUUAGCGAGAAAGAAAAGGAGUUGGUCAUACAAAACGUCGACGAGGUGCUGGAAUAUUUGGAAAGAGAAAUGCACCCAACAGCUGACAAGUGUAACGAGAUGUACAAAAAGCUCGAAGGAGUCGUUCAUCCAAUUCUUCGAAGAUAUGGUGCGAUUCACCACACUAAAGACGAAAAGGUCGGUAAUGAGGAACAAAGAACUGAUGAUUUGUUCUAUGAAGAAGAUGAUGAUGAAAAGGAAGACGGGGAUAAAGAUGAGUUGUAA